ACGAGUUUAGAUAUGAUUAGAAGGGUAUUAGGCAGAAGAAUUGCUAUAGCCAGACAAGCACCAAGAGGAGUAUAUAGAAUAGAGCCUAUAAGGGCGUUUGGGUUUGGCAAAGGAGCAUCUGAUGAAGAAAGGGUUGCAGAAGUAGUUAGUAAAAUCAGAGAUAGUUCUGAACUCAAGGCACAAUUGAGAGAGUUUCAAACAUUAUUGAGUGAAAAGGGGUUUGAUUUCAGUUCAGGGAAACCACCAUCGAUAAUGCAAAUGGUUAAGCUUAUAUCGCAUGACGAUGUUAAGGAUAAAAUCAAGGGACUUAAAGAUACUUUAGAAAAAGAAGGGAUUGAACUUACACCAUCUGAUCUCACUGCAUUCAUGAGUCUUCCAAAUGCCGAUAAGAAAUAGAAUAGAUACGUA